UUGGACCGGACCCUCUUUGUUUUUCUGUUCAGCCAUAAAAGAAGCUUUUGACGAGAAAGUUUCCAUUCUACUUUCUCUCUCUCCUCUUUUCUUCUCAAACACCUCAAAGCAAAUAGAAAACCUCACAAAAAGAAACGAGAGACUUGAGAAGGAGACAGAAGUAGAAGAGAAGAUCAAGAAAGAGGAAGAUAUCACCAACCAGGAAGAUGGCUACAAAUCAUAACCAUAGUCAUCAUCUUUCUUAUUCACUUCUUCAUGGCCUCAGCAACAAUCCUCCACCUCCUGGAUUCAUUAACCAAGAUGGAUCCUCCAGCUUCGACUUCGGAGAGCUAGAAGAAGCAAUCGUUCUGCAAGGUGUUAAGUAUAGGAACGACGAAACUAAGCCACCUUUAUUUGCAGGAGGAGGAGGAGCUACGACUCUGGAGAUGUUCCCUUCAUGGCCAAUCAGAACUCACCAAACUCUUCCUACUGAGGAGAGUUCCAAGUCAGAAGGAGAAAGCACCGAUUCAGGAUCAGCAAAUUUCUCAGGCAAAGCAGAAAGUCAACAGCCGGAGUCUCCGAUGAGUAACAAACAGAAUCAUCAACUCAUGCUUCAGCAUCAACGUAAUAACAACAUGGGAAACUCAACUUCAACAUCUGGACUUCCCUCUACUUCUCGAACUCCAGCUCCUCCAAAAGCUUCUGAGGAUAAGAGGAAGGCUACGACUUCAGGCAAACUUCUUGAUGCUAAGACAUUGAGGCGUUUGGCCCAAAAUAGAGAAGCUGCUCGCAAAAGCCGUCUUAGGAAAAAGGCUUACGUGCAACAGCUAGAAUCAAGUAGGAUAAAACUUUCCCAGUUAGAGCAAGAACUUCAGCGAGCUCGAUCUCAGGGGAUGUUUAUUGGUGGCUGUGGCCCACCUGGACCUAACAUCACUUCCGGAGCUGCAAUGUUUGACAUGGAAUAUGGGAGGUGGCUUGAGGAAGAUAACCGUCACAUGUCGGAGAUUCGAACCGGUCUUCAGGCUCACUUAUCUGACAAUGAUUUAAGGUUGAUCGUUGACGGUUACAUAGCUCACUUUGAUGAGGUUUUGCGAUUAAAAGCUGUGGCUGCUAAAGCUGACGUUUUCCACCUCAUCAUCGGUACAUGGAUGUCCCCUGCCGAACGCUGUUUUAUCUGGAUGGCCGGUUUCCGUCCAUCUGACCUCAUCAAGAUAUUGGUGUCGCAAAUGGAUCUAUUGACGGAGCAACAACUGAUGGGAAUAUAUAGCCUACAACACUCAUCGCAACAAGCGGAGGAGGCUCUCUCGCAAGGCCUCGAGCAACUUCAGCAAUCUCUUAUCGAUACUCUCGCCGCCUCUCCCGUCAUGGACGGUAUGCAACAAAUGGCUGUCGCUCUCGGAAAAAUCUCAAAUCUCGAAGGCUUUAUCCGCCAGGCUGAUAACUUGAGGCAGCAGACUGUUCAUCAGCUGCGUCGGAUUUUGACGGUUCGACAAGCUGCGCGUUGUUUUCUAGUCAUCGGGGAAUACUAUGGACGGCUCAGAGCUCUUAGCUCUCUUUGGUUGUCUCGACCACGAGAGACGCUGAUAAGUGAUGAAACAUCUUGCCAAACGACGACGGACUUGCAGAUGGUUCAGUCAUCGCGGAACCACUUCUCCAAUUUCUAAAUCGAAAUGGAAUCUUUAUGACUAAAUGGGGCCAAGUUCCUUUGUCUUAGCUUCACUCUUCGCCCACUCUGUUUCCUUUAUGUUGUACUAGACAUGUUAGGAUCUUCCUUCACCUCCUUUUUAUGAAACUAUAGUCUUAUGAUAUGAAAUUAACGUACCACGUAAAUCAAACCAACUUAUGUGCCAAAGGAA